AAUGAAUUUGUCACGGAGAGCCGUGUCGGCGUUUUUGUUUUGUUUUACGUCUAGCAUCGUUCGUCUCUAGAUAGAAUAGAUAGUUGAGUAAUUAUAGCAUUUUAUGCACAGUUUAGUGGGGGGUCGUUGUACUCGCCAUACUGGUUUAAUUACUUCGCCGCUGGUCGCUGGCACACAGGAUAAAGGAUACUAUCUGCGUUAACUGAAUAAACUUGCAUUGCAACCGUGGUAUUGCUUACUGAGGAAGAAAGUUGAGAUAAAGCGUACAUUUUACGACCAUAAUUACUUUACAAUCAUCUUUGCUCCUUGCAGCUUCUGUUCAUCUUAAUGAUGCAAAUAAAACAAAAACAAAGAUGGCGAUCCUUCAAGCGACAGAUGCUGAGGGCUUUAAUUCAACUUUGAAAGCUUCUAGUCCCUAGUCUUUAUCUCUAUGCCAUAAUAAGUGCGAGACGUAACCGGACUCCCGCGCAAGCCUCCUUCGCGUCUCGCUCGCUCCUACGCAACCUCACCGCGCAGCAGUAGAGCCUUAUUCUCCGUCUCUGUCGCUCUCGCGACUGCGCCCGCGCCUGUCACCGCCGCGCCGCGCGACUACAAGUCGGCCCUCUACGGCACAAAGCGGUCGUAUCUUAUGUAUCGAUAAUACAAAACGCGCGAACAUAAAUAUAUCCUCGAUUUCCACACGAAAACUCUCGGAUUGACAGUGAAUGGUGAAUAUUUAGUGCUCAAUGAAGGUUGGGAGUGCAGUGUGUGUGAUCUAUGGUGUUCAAGUGAAUGCUAUUGUCUAUUGGGAUUGGAAAUGACUUCAUGGAGUAGUUCACCUUGUUGUGCUAGUGAAUAUCAAUGAGUGAAUUAUAACUAAGUGGGAAAAAAAAUGCGUGAACAAUGAUAAAGUUUCGGUACAAACGUAAAGAGCCGGAGGCUGCGGCGGUUCAGCAGAAGAAUGCUGGUACUGCUAUUCAGAAGCAGAAGAUUGAGGGUCUCAGGGACCGGGAGUUGUUACCUCCUAAGGACAUGGUGGUACUAGGGUCGCAUGGCUCGGUGAAGCAUAAUACGCUCCCUCGGACGCGGCCGUCGGCGCACCAGUCGCGCCCAGUACAGAGGGACUCCUCGCCUCCUCUCAGCCAGACUACCAUUGCGUUGUUUCGAGAACUAUUCGCGCAACUGCAAUGGUCGGCCGAGCGCGCGCCCGCCGCCGACAGCCUACGCCGGGCGCUCGGAGGCAACGGCGCCCGUUUCCAGCUCGGCUGCAUGGCUGAUGCCAGCGAGUGUUUUGAACAUCUGUUGCUAAGGGUCCAUGCGCAUGUGGCGGCCGGGCCGGCGGAGCGAAGGGACGAUGAUGCGUGCAGGGCGCCUCAUUGCGUGCCGCACAGGAAGUUUGCCAUGAUGCUGGUGGAACAGAGCGUUUGUGGCGCCUGUCAGGCCACGUCGGAGCCGUUGCCGUUUACUCAGAUGGUGCACUACGUGUCGGCCACGGCGCUGACGUCACAGGCGGCGCUCGGCGAGCAUGGAGACAGUUUUGGACUGCUUCUGAGGAAGGCUGGCGGCAUGGGCGAUAUCAGGGACUGUCCUAACGCUUGCGGCGCCAAGAUCCAGAUCUGCCGAACGCUCAUGAACCGACCGGAAGUUGUUUCCAUCGGCGUCGUGUGGGACUCCGAGAGACCCUCCGCCGAGCACGUGGCAGCCGUAUACUCCUCCAUAGGGGUCAUGCUGCGGCCCACAGACGCCUUCCACUCGUGUGUGGACCGCGUGUGGGCACAACGCGCCACGCAUAGGCUAGUCGGCCUUGUGACAUACUAUGGAAAACACUACUCCACAUUCUUCUUCCAUAGCAAACUGCGCCUCUGGAUCUACUUCGAUGACGCUGAUGUGAAGGAAAUCGGGCCGGAAUGGUCGCAAGUUGUCGAUAAAUGCAAGAGAGCCAGAUUCCAACCUCUUCUGCUUUUGUAUGCGGCGUUAGAUGGCACGCCGUGUGACACUAGGUAUGCGCCGAAAGAUGUGAUUCCUUUCCCGACUCAGCCCCAAGACCGCCCAGCUAUGGCCAGACGAGCUAUGACCCCUGGGCCUGAUGAAGGGGAUCCCAGGAAUACAGGCAACUGGAGCGGAGAUCGCAACAGUGCAUCUUCUGGGUCUUCCACUGCUGAAAGUCCAUACAUGUUCCCCAGACGGGUGCCCGGCAGUCCGACGCGAAAGGGAGAAUUGUCAUCGGGAGGAUCAUGCGAUGCUGGCUACGAUUCCUACUCGCUGUCGUCUACUGAGAGCAUGUGUCUCCAACAAGGAUUGAGACACAACUUCCAAUUGGCUCAAAUCCCUGAGCUGACCACCAAUGGCGAGUGCGGAGCUCUAUGCCUUGAAGCUGAUAGGCUGUUAGAGAAGUCGAGACAUGCAGAAGAAGCUCAAGAUUACGAAACAGCUCUGGUGUUGUGUGAGGCCGCCGCGGCCAAAGCCAGAUCGGCCAUGGAUGCGCCCUAUAACAACGCGCAUACAGUCACAUUCGCCCGCAUGAAGCACAACACUUGCUUACUGAGAAUAAGGAGCUUACAAAGACGAUUGGCGGAGACAAUCAGAAUCGCAGAAGUGCCGCAAAAUGUCCGCAACACCAAGUGUGGGCUGCAAAGCUCUCCAACAACCAUUGAGAUCUACGCCACUCUGCCCAAAAAGAAGGGCUCGUCCAAAAAGUCCGUCAAAACCAUGGAGGAUGACAUGGACUUCGUGACUAGAGAGCGGCCGCACCGACACAAGUCUAGGGACGAAGAUAAAGGCCGCGAAAAGAGGUCAAGAAGUGAAGACCGCGGUCGUGCUCGCAAGGAGAUCACGGUUGCUCCUGAAAAACCCAUCGAGCCAGCCGUUAUUGAUGACAAGAAGGCUAACAAGAAGCAACACAAAAUAAGACGAAAGCUUCUGAUGGGCGGCCUCAUCCGUAGAAAGAACCGCUCUAUGCCUGACCUGACUGAGGGCGCUGAUGGUAAAACAGACGCCAAGAACAAAGAAAAACGCGUCGCAUCAGUCGACGACGGUGACGUGGGGAGGAAGCAGACUGAUGACAAGUCCAACCUGAGCGGGUAUUUAUCCGAAGGGCAUCUGGAAUAUUCCACAGCGACUGGGACCAAUCCGAAUUUGGAGAGGAGUAAGCUCAUGAGGAAGAGCUUCCACGGGAGCGCGGGCAAAAUGCUGACGGCAGCCAAAGUGCCGCCGCCGCCGCCGCUGCGCACCACUUCCCAGCUUAGCGGGACUAAGUUCGAGUCCGAAGUGAUGGACAUAUCGGCGAGGAUGCCUCACCCGCUCCCGGCUGAAGCCUACAAGCAGCCGCAAGAUGUCGAGGAAGACGGAGGCUUCUCUGAGCAAUACGAGCCCCAAUCCCUCCCAUAUUACCCAUCCUAUGAUGGCAACAUGAUCAAUGGCAACCACUACAACCAUUCUAGGCUAGAAGACUCGUUCAACCGCUCUGACGAUAAUCUUCAAAACUUCCAAACGGUGGUCACUAAAGCGAUGAUUCACCAGGAACAGAGUCCAGCUAAGAGGGACACUCCACCCCCGAUACAACCGUCGCCGCACAACAUGCAGAAUCUCAACUUCGACUACGGAACAGAUGUCGUUGACUGCGCGAUGCCAAUGCGAAGAUCGCCUCAGACUUUCGAGCUGCCUCCUUACCCGAGUCCUCUAAACUCCGUGAAUCAUUCCCGUCAGCCAAGCGAGGAAUUCCCCCCACCGCCUCUAGAUCUGACCCCGCUCCAAGAAGAGCUAAACGCGAUCAACCACGCCGCUCACAUGCAACACGAGCUGAGAAAAGAAGAGCCAGAUGUACCUAAAGGAUCGUUCCUAGCUCAGUUGCAGGAGAAAUGUAGUGAGAUAGAACAGCGGGGAGCGACGAAAAACCAACCCGAUGUUGCGUCUUCCCCUAAAUCAUGGCUGAAGUUACAGCAGGACAAACAUGCUGCGUUGAGACUGAAGCGAUCUGGCUCAAUUGAAGGACAACUGUCGAAUUCCAGCGAUAACAGCGCAGACAAAAAUGCUUACUACAAGCCUAAUAACUCCGUGAAAAACAUAGCAUCACGGUUCGAGAACAACGCACAAAAUACUCAAAUAGACGGCGAAAGAUCUCACAUCGGACUAGUGAUGCAGACAAGUGCUAACAGAGACGUCAUCAACUGCUCCAGUCCCGUCAACAACAUGUUCAACCGACGAGCCUCUUCCUCCUCGAUAGACUCCAAGCAAAUAGAGGCAGAAUUCGGAGAGCAAAAGCUGACUAACGGUCCCUACAUCGACCGAUCCAAACUGAAGAAGAAGUCAGUGUCGUUCUGUGACCAGGUCAUUCUGGUCGCGACAGCAGAGGACCAAGAGGAUGAUAGUUACAUUCCCAACCCUAUACUAGAGCGAGUGUUGAAGUCAGCUAUGAACAAACCGGAGCUGACGACUGUACCUCUGCAGUCGGAAAAACCUUCGCUUCAGAGGCAGGAGUCGAUGGACAGCCAGUCGUCUCGCUCUACCAUUUCCUCUCUGUCACAGAACUCAUACGCACAAAACGAUGACGAACAUUCCGACUAUGUGCGAGUACAAAACCAUCAGCGCUGGCAACAGAACUACGCACAGAAAGCCUCGCCUCCCUAUGGAGCCAGCCCGCCCUACGGAGCCAGCCCGCCGUCACAACCACCCCAACAAACCACCCAAACAAACAGCCAGAUCUACAUGUCUUUGCCCUCCAACUCGCCUCAGAACGCACCAACCCCGGUCCCAUACAACCAGCCGCCAUCGCCCUACCAGAACCACUCCCCCAACCCACCGAACUUUGGUCAGAACCCGGCGAACCGACUCACCCCGAUCUCGCAGGCGAGUCCCACAUACAUGACGAAACACGUCGCGAAUCUUCAGCGCACUGUGCCCAAUACCUACCCGCACCCACCGAGCCAGAUAUUACAGAUGACGCAACCAAGCAACGCUUACUACCACCGCCUGCCUCACCACGGGCAGCAGACAAACUUCAAUGGAAACAGAGACUAUAACACGCAACCCGCGCAAGCCCCGUACCAAGCUGUGCCUGCGACGUCCCCGGCAUACCAAAGCUACCACAACCCACCGACCAGCUACGCCAACUCAGAUUACUCUAGUCGCUACCAGCCACCGAACUCUCAGCAAUACCCCCCCGCCUCCCCCUACCAGCGCGUCCCUCCCCCUCACGGUGAAACAUCGCCUGAAAACUACCCACAAACCUACCAGAAAGUUCCAAACACGUACUAUCCGGAAACAAACGGGCAACGCAUGCCAGACUUGCGACAGUACGCCAACGCGAAUACUCAACAACGCCAGAUAUAUCAAGGUGUUGAUGCUAAUAUGAAUUCCGAACCGGUACAACAGUAUCAAUACACUCAGCCGGGUCCAUACCAGCACUUGCCUCCGCCUAAACAAAUGCCCAAAAAGGUAUCCUUCGAGCCCGGCACUAAAGGGGGAACGGACUCGCCUGUCCCACCCCAGAUUAGCGGAACUAACCCCUAUCAGGCACAGAAUACGGGUCAGAAAGCCCUCUGCAACCUCUGCAGGAAGAAGUCCGUCCAACCACCUUCAGUGUACUGUCCGGAUUGUGACUUCUACAUGUCCCGGUUUAAACCAAGAUCAUAGUCCCAAGUUGCUAAAUUUUGUAGAGUAAAAAUUGUAAUAUAAAAUUAUUGUAAAUCAUUAAAUUAAAAUAAUUAUGACUGAUCUCACUUGAGAAUAUGUAACUACUUAAUUAAUUACAUUUUCAUUAUAAAUGUUAAGAAUACUUAAUUAAAAAUGUAUGUAGGCUUAAAAUGUUAAACUAUAAAAAAUCUAUAUUGCUAUCCGUGAUUUUUACAUGAAAGAAAUAAAUUUUACUACAAAUUAA